ACUCGCGCAAGCAAGUAAAACGGUGGCUCGCUUUGUGAUCUUUCAGGAGGACGGAACGGGGUGAGAAUCAACGCCCGGCAGAAUGAGAGAGACCGCCAGUCACCGAUCGAGCAGGGACCCGCCGGCCCAUCGCACGAGAGAUGGUUUUUAGAAGGAAGAGGGCAUGACGCACCGAACUCAUGCAGUGGCGAAAACACGUGCGCAUCAAGUACGGUGGUCGAGUCGGUGUCGGUCAAGGACAGCGGGAGCGGGAGCAAGGGCAGCUGCAGGUGCGCGUGGUGCAGCUGCAGCGGGAAGGGGGCGCACGACUCAGCUACGUCUGUCAUCAGCCUCAACUCUCGUCGACGGCUCGCCGCAGCUGCAGCGCAGCAGCCAUGCUCUGCUGCGGCCGCAGGAAAGAGGGCCGGGGGGAAGUGACAGACAUAAGCGCAAGUCCUGGGAGGCAGGCACCUGCCAACCAGUUGCGCCCCAAGGAACCACCCCCCAUGGUCAUUCAAGGAGACUUCAGGAAGGUGAGCGGGAUCAGUACAGAGAUCUUCAAGCAGAUCGAGACUGUCGAAAACGAUCAUGACGCAUCGACAGCGGCGGCUCUUGAAGCUGUUGAGCGGAGAGGAGAGAUGGUCGUGCGUGUCAUUGAGCCUCGGCAAAUGGGUAGACAGGCUUCCGAGGCGGCGAAAAAAUUUAUUGCUAUGCAGGAUCCUAAGCACCCCAUCCACUUCGUCGAGAUAAUCAAACGACCGGGACAGACCCUCGGCCUCUACAUACGCGAGGGCAACGGCGUCGACAGGAACGACGGAGUCUUUAUCUCCAGGAUAGCCCUGGAGACCGCCGUGUACAACAGCGGCUGCUUGAAGGUGGGUGACGAGAUCCUGGCGGUGAAUCUGGUCGAUGUGACGCACAUGAGCCUGGACGACGUCGUGAUCAUCAUGUCGAUUCCGAGGCGGCUUGUCUUGGCCACGAGGCACGGGUCACAUCAACCGAUUUCGCACAGCCGCCAGACUGAGCACAAGGCGCCGCCCGUAGUAGUCAUCAAGAGGGAAUUGAACGAGGACGAGAGCGACCACGCGACAAGUAAUCACGUCAGGGAUGGCAGUAGCCGUAGACGGGGCGACGGGCGCGAAAUGUUGCCGUCGCGAUCGAGACUCGGCCUCACGGGUUUGGGAUCGAGCCAAGAUCUCGGAUCGAGCAACGGGGACCUGUACUAUAAUUCACGGCCGGAGGGUCACUGGUCCUAUCAACCGCCACCGCCGCCGGUUAUCACGCACCAGCCGAAACCUUCGUCGACGCAACACUUUCAGCCGUACGAGCGCGGCUAUCCGAAGACGUUAGAGAGCUUGGCCGAGAAAGUACACCCCUUCUACACGGGGUCCAUGAUGCCCUCGAACGGCCGGCGUAUGUCGACGGGAAUGCAAUCAGUCGGCGGCAGAUUGUCGGGCCAAACCACGCAGACCCAUUACGGCUACGGCCAGCACACCGGAAGCGGAAGGAUCAUGCCGAGGAGUGGUUCCGACCAGCACCUACCCCGAGUCGAUUACACGAGCAUCACAACGCCGGCGCGACAUACCCUUCUUAGAUCCAGCUUGAAAUCAGGUACGUCAGCAUUGCGUUACAACCCGAGGUACGGACAGACUGAUGUAACGUCCGCCGCGCAGAGACAAGGACAAUUCGGCACCUUGACGAGGCGGCAUCGACCGUCGUUGGACUAUGCCUCCGACACCGAGGCUACGUGCUCCAGUUCACCGAAAUCAGCGUAUUACUAUUAUAGGCACAAUAUGAACAAUCCAUCUCAAAGCAGCGCCGUGUCGCACUUAGCUACCCUAUCGAGGUCACAAAUCGGUCAGAGUUCCUCAGGUUUAAGGUCGAAUUCAUUACCGCGAAGCGGUCGGACGUUGCCCCAGCAGCCUGGUCUCAGGUCGGGCCUCAGCACGGUCGCGUCGGGCCUGAUCGAUCAAGAGGACAGCGACGGCGCUCUAUCAGCGCCGGAAUUGCCUUCCAUCAGACGUGACAGAGGCAGGAUACCGUCCUCGCCGAGUGUAUUCACGUCGGACGAGUACCGCGCCUGGCUGAGCCGCACACCGAGUACCAGCGCCCUUUACGAGCAGAUCAGGGCGACCACAAGUAGACCACCCCGUUACACAUACAGCGCCGAGAACAUUCAUGCAGCAGUCAAUCAGGGUGACUACGGCAGUUACGGUGGGUACAGGCCGCUCUCGACCACGCUCGAUCGCCUGUCGACGAGAUCGGCCUCGGCCCAGCAGGUCAAUCUCGCGAAUCUGAGGGCAUCGACGGCGAUCAGUUCAACGUGCCAUCGCGGUACAACGAAUCCGAGGCCAGCCUCGGUGGCCUCGAGCGCGCGCACAUCGCUGGCGGCCCAGAAAGCGUCGCUGACGAGCUCCGCGAGUCGGGCGACGUCGGUGAGGAGGAUCAGGAACCUGUUGGAUUUGGAGUCCACGAGGAGCAUACCUACCCCAACGCCUACCAGAACUCAGGGUCAAAUACUGCUAGAUAUUAAUCCUGCGGAGUUCCUCAAGUAUAAAAUAGAGAAGCCGCCGACUGUGGGCACUCCCAGCUCGACGAGCUCGCUUUUGAGCUCGCUCGGGGAGGCGACCGGCGGCGAUUUGGCAAGCGGAGUCAGCGGAUUGUUAUCGGUUCAUCUUUUGGCGGGGCGCGGCCUCCGAUCGACUACGACCUCAUCGGCCGCCACUACACCUUCCACUCCCUCAGGUCAACCGAAUUUAGCUAGUUGCGGCUUGAGAGACUUGUACUGCGUACUGGAGUGCGACAGGGUGCACAAAGCGCGCACGGUAGUGCGAACCGGUGAUCUGAUGUUUGACUGGGAUGAAACCUUCGAGCUGGACCUCGUAGGCAAUCGGCAGCUGGAUCUGCUCGUUUACUCUUGGGACCCACAAUACAGGCAUAAACUCUGUUACAAGGGGUCGGUGCAUUUGGCGAGUCUGCUCAAGGAGUCGCCGGAACAUCAGUUAGCCGUCAAGGUCGAGCCACGUGGCACAAUUUAUUUAAAACUGCGAUACACCGACGCCCAACAAACUUUCCGUCGAAGGGGUCUGCCGGUCAUAUCCUUAGCUACGAGGGUAGCGCCUCUCUUCGGGGUUGAUUUGGAUACAGUGGUGAGUCGAGAAACUAAAACUGGCGGGGUUCCCGGUGGUGUUUCCACGGCUUUGGCGAUGGGAGUCUCGAACGUUCCAAUUAUUGUGUGGCGUUGCGUCGAAGAGGUAGAGAGAAGAGGACUUGAUAUUAUCGGUAAGUAUCGAACACAUUAUAAUAUAGAAAACGCCGCCAAGUCGAUAGUGUUCAUGUGUGUGUGUGCAAUAAAAAUCGUUGCUUUAUCUCGCGCAAUAGGUUUGUACAGACUCUGCGGUUCGGCGACCAAGAAGAGGAUACUGAGGGAAGCUUUCGAGAGGAACGCACGGUCCGUGAAUCUGUCGCCCGACAACGUGCCGGACAUCAACGUCAUCACUGGAGUAUUGAAGGAUUAUUUACGGGAACUUCCGGAACCUCUCUUCACGAAGUGCCUGUACCAGAUGAUGGUCGACGCACUGGCCGUCUGUUUGCCGGACGACCCGCAGGGCAACGCUAAGCUUAUGUUCAGUAUACUAGAUUGCCUGCCUAAGGUCAACAGGUGCACGUUGAUUUACUUGCUGGAUCAUCUGGCGAUGGUGGUAUCGCAGUGCAAUAAGAUGUCGCCGGCGAGCCUCGCCGUUUGCUUCGGCCCGGUAUUGAUGUUACACUCGGAAGAAACUGGGCCCCCCUUGGAUUUCCAGCAGCCGAUCGCCGUACUCAAGUAUCUGCUAGAGAUUUGGCCAGUAAAGUCAGUUCGGAAGACUUCUUCAGUCGGUUCAACACUUCCUCGAGUUACGCCAGUAGUCGAGCGCAGCAGCAGUCAGCAGCAUCUGCAGCAGCAUCUGCAGCAAGCGCAGCAGCAAGUGCAGCAGCAGCUGCAGCAGCAGCUGCAGCAACAGGGAACAUUGGGACGCACAGGGCUGCCUUGGCAGCAGCCACCCUUACUUCAUCAUCAACCCCAAACUACGGUAGCCGCAGUCCUCGGACCCUCCAUUCGUCCUCCACCACCGCCGGUCAAGCCUCGACAGGUGAUAGUCUCGUCUCCCGGUUCACCUAGCAGCGAGGAGUCAGAGGCCUCGCCAGAGCCAAUUAACAAGAGCCUCCUGGGCAAUUUGGGAUACGAGAAAAACGACGAGACGGCGACGACGACGACGACGACAUCGAGCACGACGUCGGGCGGCAUGAGCAUCGGCGCCGGCACGGGGGUCGGCGUCGAGCAGAUGACGCCCACGAGCAGCGUCGACACCGAGGAGGGUAAUCCCCAACAUCCCGAGGAGGGCGAGAAGGGCGUCGAGGGUGACGUCGAAGCGAGCGACGACGAUCGACACCAGCAUAUAUCCAAGACGCACUAAUUGCGACCCGUCGUCGUCGUCGCGCGGGUGUGCGCAGUGAGUAACGGAGAGGCCACGGGGAUGACCAUUCCUCAACAACGUAGACGAACUAAGGGCUGCUUCAUUCACUUCGUACGUGUGAUAUUGACGGACGGAAAGUCAAUAAACAAGUUAGGCCGAUCGGCUCGGAAAAUAAAUCCAAUUUGCGGGAAGCGACUUGGUUAAUUUCAUUAAAAUGUUUAAUUUCGUAGAGCCGUAAGUAUUCUCGGGUUACCAGGGCUGAUAAGGUUUUAGCUCGAAAUACGAGAUAGGACGAGCGUGUUAAAGUGAUCCGGACGGUGCUAGUAAUCGAAUGUCGAUUCGUAAGAAUCUUCGUCGCGCACCCCAAUCGAAAGUUACCGGCGGUCGAUUGAUUCCAGUUUAUUAUCUUGGGCAUGCUUGCUUGCGAGAAGGAGUUGUUAAAGUUAAACGAGACGAGAGCGCAAGAAAGGGAAAAAAGGCGGGCGGAAAAGUGUGGUUUCGGUCAAUAUUACUAUAAUAUAUUAAGCUGGAGCUGCUACGUAAUGAAGUAAAAGCUAGCGAUAGUAAAUUUCUCCCUUCGACAUUACGUCUCGACUUAUCGCCUCUUCCGUGCGAAAUUAAGUUUCGCGCGAAAUGAAAUGCGAUACGUACGUACUUUUAUGACUGUAUAUAAUUAAAUAUAGUCAUAAAAAAAGGUAGCGCUACACCGAGUUGGUCGAGCAACCAAACCAAGAGACGCGGUACCACGACCGGUUACUCGUUAUAGGGAGAUAAAUCAGGGAUCGAUAUACGUAUAUAUCUAUUCUGCUAGAAGCAACCGCAAUUCGGGCCGAAGUCGUAGACAAGUAUCGCGAGGAGUCGAAGAUGGUUUACGUUACGUUGCUAAAAGAAAAGUCGCUGCCGGGAAGGCAACUGAAACAGUUUGGAGCACGUCCAGUCCUCCGCACGUCACGAGAGUUUCCUCGAGAACACGUAAUGGCCUUUCGAGUAAUGGUCCCUCGAAGCGAAUGUCAGAUCACAGACGGAUCCCUCGCGCACACCCUGCUCUCGAUGCCCUCGGGCCGCCAAGAUGUAGGAUGGAGAAAGAGCAAGAGGAGGAGGGGGGGGAGGAGUAAGGGACGUUGUCCCUCCGUGUCGUCAUCGUCGGCAUUACUAUCGUCAACACGACCCACACCAACACACAGCACACAGAACUUGAGCGAGCGAGCCGGUCAACGAAGAGAGGCGCACGUGGCAUAUAUAAUAAUCAGUUUAUAUGCGAUAUACUAUAUAUACAUAUUAUAUAUACAUACGUAGACUAGUCACGAUAUUACGUGUGUGCUUUUGAUAAAAAACUAUUACUUGUAGCGUUAGCUAGCUCUCGU